CUCCUGGUUGCGUCGUUGUCGAUGUCAAUCCUGUCGAGUUCAUGUCUUGCUGUAGCCCUCGUGUUGAUAUUCAAAAUUUGGUUUGGUAACGCUCCAGCUGGUCAACAAAGGGUCAACAAAGAAGAGACCAUUGUGUCCAGUGUAAGACAAGCAGUGCUAAUCAUUGUACGAGGCGAGUCUGGGCCUGCCUGAUGACAUAUACAAAGUGGAGGGCGGACAAACAAGCCGGCUGUAAUGGUGGACGACUGAAGGAGAGGAAAACGGAAUACAACACGAGCGAAAAGAGGAAAACGGCGGUCGAAAGUCUGCUUUAGACUUAGGACACGGGCUUCGUCGAAAAUGGAUGAACUUAAACAUCAAGUCAUGAUUAACCAGUUCGUCCUGACGGCGGGGUGUGCGGCAGACCAAGCGAAGCAGCUCCUGCAGGCGGCACAUUGGCAGUUCGAGACUGCGCUCAGUGCCUUUUUCCAAGAAACAAAUAUCCCAUAUGGCCAUCAUCAUCAAAUGAUGUGCACACCAGCCAACACGCCAGCGACACCCCCCAAUUUCCCGGACGCCCUGACCAUGUUCUCCCGACUCAAGGCGUCGGAAAGCUUCAACAGCGGCAGCCCCGCGGCGGCGUCCGCGGCCACCUCGCCGCCCCCUCAAGUCGGCGGCUGGGGGCUGUCGGCCAACGUGCCCAACGUGCCGCCGCCCCCGCAGGGACUCUGGACUCAGGCGCAGGCCCCCGCGCCGCCCUGUCCCGCCUGGCCCACGGGCGUCAACCCUCACGCCGGCGCCGAGCAGAAGGCCAGCGUAGCCAUGGAGGCCGAGAGAUGAAUCGGGCGGGGGGGACGCUUUUGGCGACGGUUUGUCUUUCCUCCUCCUCCCCCCGCCCCCACCCAAAAUGGGACGCGGCGAGACGGAUGCGGAAAAGAGACGGACGGAAUCUACGCAAACCAAGAAAAACUUUGGGUGAACUUUUUUUCAAGAAGCGGAGAAAAACCAAUGCAAAUACGAAAGUAGAAAAAAAAAAUACGAGAAACGCACACUCACAGUAAUAAGAGAGGAUGUGAAAUCUUAAGUUUUUCUUAUAUAAAUGAUAUUAGAAUUUGAAAACAGACAAAAAAAAAAAAAACGUCAUGCCCAAGGAUUCUGUGAUGUUCGAGGACAUUCAAGGCAGCAAAUCAAUUUUCUAAUUUUUUUUUGGUUCACCCCUUCCCCUGUAAACACUUUUUAUUCGCCAGUGUGAAACCCCGACCCCUCGCCCCCCCCUGCACUGGUCUUGUUGUGUUUCUGCAAGCGUCUGUGCUGCAUGACGAGAGAAGAACUUGCAAUGCAGUGUUUUUAAGUGACUGAAGCAUAGAAAUCUAUACAAAUGUCUAUGUAAACACACAUUAGAGGACACACCUCCAUAUUGUCAUCCCCAUCGUCAAGGCGGGGUUGCUUCUUACCUCACCUGCUGGUCGCCUGACUUUUUUUUUUUUUAGCCAAUCAGGGAUUCUUUUUAAACCAACUGUUUGCGCUGACGACACAGGACAUGUUCUUCAUUUUUUGCUUCGCUUCCCGCAAAUACAACGGCUUCUUUUCAAACAACUGUACUUUAUGAGAUUGUGUGUUUGUACCAGAAAAGAUCAUCCCUAGUCCUUUCAAUUCAUUGGCUGCCACGGACGGCGCGAGACGUCCAACCCAUUUGAAUUCAUCCCGCAUUGAACUCACAGGCUGCUAUUGAAGCGGGAGGGAUGGCUUUUGUUCAUCGGUUUCCAACCCUCCCACUUCAAAUGGACGGACGUUUACUAGUGAUACUCGUUUCAAUUCACGGCAAGCGCGUGAAAAGGCCUUUCAUCGCCCCCUACCGAAAUGGUCUCACGGCGGCCAUCUUGGUUGGGGCGACGUUCCCAGCACAGUCAAUGCAAUGACAUUAUAGAGGUGCGACAACUACCGGUAAUCGAUUAGCUGCAGAGUACCACAAAAGUGAGUACACCCCUCGCAUCUUUUCAUGGGACAACACUGACAAAAUGACACUUUGACACAAUGAAAAGUAGUCUGUGUGCAGCUUAUAUAAUAGAACUCAUUUAAUUUCCUCUCAAAAUAUAGCCAUUAAUAUCUAAACCCUUGGCAACAAAAAUGAGUACACCCCUUAGUGAAAGUUGUCAAUGUUAACAUACAGUACAACAUGUCAACUGUCAAUAUUUUGUGUGGCCACCACUAUUAUCCAGAACUGCCUGGGCAUGAAGUUGACCAGAGCUUCACAGGUUGCCACUGGAAUGCUCUUCCACUCCUCCAUGACGACGUUGCAGAGCUGCCAGAUAUUUGAGACUUUGCGUGCCUCCACCUUCCACUUGAGGAAGAUGUUCUAUUGGGUUCAAGUCUGGAGACAUGCUUGGCCAGUCCAUCACCUUUACCCUCAGCCUCUCCGGUAAAGCAGUGGUCAUCUUGGAGGUGUGUUUGGGGUCAUUGUCAUGCCCUGCAACCCAGUUUCGGGAGGGAGGGGAUCAUGCUCUGCUGCAGUAUUUCACAGUACAUGUUCAUGUUUUCCUCAAUGGAAUGUAACUCUUCAACACUUGCAGCCCUCAUGCAGCCCUAGACCAUGACAUUCCCACCACCACGCUUGACUGUAGGCAAGACACACUUAUCUUUGUACUCCUCACCUGGUCGCCGCCACGCAUGCUUUAGACCAAUGGAAAAUUAGUCUUCAUCUCAUCAGACCAUAAGACAUGGUUCCAGUAAUCCAUGUGCUUUGUUGACAUGUCUUCAGUAGGGAUGGAAAUUUAUACGAUUUUCACGAUUGAUUCCAUUAUCAAUAUUGCUUAACAAUUCGAUUAUAGAGUCCCAAAGCCUCGAUGUUAACUGUGGCAAUUACACAAGAAUGUGUAACAUUUUACUGAAACAUUUUUCUAAUAGCAAUAAAAAAAAAUCCUCCUUUUUAAAAGGACAUAUGAGCUGAUAACCCUCAAAAAAAAAAAAAAAAAAAAAAAUACUGCCAAUUACAACAGUACAGUGCAUAGUGCAAAAUUAACUCUGAAUCGAGCGUGCGUAACAUGCAUAAAUUAUGUGACGUAAUUCGUGCUGGUUGGAAGCUAUAAGAUAAUCGUUAAAGUGCCAAAGAAUUCCAUGGAAUUGGACACAUGGAACCGAUUCUCUAUAAGAACCGGUUCCUGAUUCCCUUCCAUAGUCUUUAGCAAACUGUUUGCGGGCUUUCUUGUGUACCGUCUUCAGAAGAGGCUUCCUCCUGGGGUGACAGCCAUGCACAGCAAUUUCAUGUAUGGUCUGAGCACUAACAGGCUGAACCCCUACCUCUUCAAUCUCUGCCCCAAUGCUGACAGCAAGAAAGCAUUUGGAUGUGAUGCUUCUUUAGACGACUGACCCAGGGCCUAUUCUGAGUGGACCCUGUUCUUUUAAAACGCUGGAUGAUCUUAGCCACUGUGCUGCAGCUCAGUUUCAGGGUUCUUGUAGCCAUGGCCAUCUUCAUGUAGCGCAACAAUACGUUUUUAAGAUCCUCAGAGAGUUCUUUGCCAUGUUGGAACGUUGAGUGACUAGUAUGGGUGAGUGAGAGCUGCACCACCAAUUUGAACACACCUGAUCCCUAUGCACACCUGGACCUAGUAACACUAAUGAGUCACAUGGCAUUUUGGAGGGAAAAUGACAAGCAGUACUCAAUUUGGACUUUUAGGGAUGUAGUUUCUAAGGGGUGUACUCACUUUUGUUGCCAGGGGUUUAAAUAUUAAUGGCAAUAUUUUGCGGGGGAAAUAAAUUAACUGUAUUAAAUAAGCUGCACAUAGACUAGUUUUCAUUGUGUCAAAGUGUCAUUGUGUCAGUGUACUUGAAUAUCUGCAGAAAUGCGAGGGGUGUACUCACUUUUGUGAUACACUGUAUAACUUCUCAGUUGUAAAUCUUAUCACAUUUCUUCAUUAUAUUUUUUAAAGUCAAAGUAGGACCUGAACAAAAAUCUGCUUUCACUUUGGAAAACAUAUUUUUUACCCAUUUUUAGAGGUCUUACUGUCUAAACUAGCCUUUUUAAUAAUAAAGCUGCAACAAGUAAUCAACUAAAUCCAAUGAAUAAAUUAAGUUGCCAACGAAAUUUGAUCAUCAAUACAGUUGUAGACUACAAUUUAGUCAGAAAUCUGUAAUAAAAUAUUUCUGAAGGAAAUAGUCGUCCAUUUUGUCCUCAUUGUAACUUACAAAAUGCCAUAACUUUUAGACGCCGCCCUAAUUCACAUUCAUAUUUAGUCAUAACUUUUUUAAAAAACUAUUUUAUCAAUGUUUGUUGUUCAACGCUGAUUCGACGUCAGCCCUCCCGCUUCGGCGUGUACUAGCGAUAAACUCAGUUUGAAGAGCCACAAAGUUGGACGUCUAUCAACGUCAAUAGCAGCCAAUGAGUUAGUAUUGUUUUUAACGAUAAUAGUUUUGUUAUCCUAGAGGGAUGCGACUACUCCAUUUUUUUCUGACUCUUUGUAAACAUUUUGCAUGACUUGUCAAUAACACCUUUUAUAGUAAAAAUGGACAAAUCUAAUCGCGACAACUAAUUAGUGAAGGCAUAUUUCACACAGCGUCUAAUGUUGAAGAGGCAAAAACGGACCGGUUAUUUCACAUAUUACGGCCACACCAAGGAGAAAAAAAUCAAGAUAGAAUCAAGUCAAAAGACAACAAUUACUGUAUUAUUCAAAAAUGACUGAGAAUGAAGUUGUAAUUCUAAAAGAAAAAGACGUAAUCAUAUGUAACAUUACAAGGAUUUUCUGUAGUAUAUAAAACAUUGAAAUGUUAAAGACUAUUCUUGUAACAAGACUUUUCUAUUUAUGCCGUUUUUUCUUGUACUACAACUUCAUUCUUAAGCUACAUUACAAGUACUUCUAAAAUGGAAGGAAAAAAAGGUUACUCUUGUAACAUUGUUUUGUUUAUACUACUACUCUCGCUAAAGCAAAUCAAAUUUUGUAAAAUUGCAACUUCAUUUUUGUAUUUUUUAUGUUUUUUUUUUUCUUCUAGAUAUUAUCCACAGAUGUUUACCUUUUUUUGCGUGGCCCUAAUGAUCAUUUCCUCAAAAGAACUGUAUGCCACAAGGGUUUUGACAACAUUUGCCGAGUUGGGCAAUAUACAGUGUUUUGAAAUAGUAUCUGAACCUUUUGGAAUUUCGCACAUUUCCGCAUAAAAUCCCCAUGAAAUGUGAUCUGAUCUCUGUCAAAAUCACACCGAUGAAAAAACAGUGUCUGCUUUAAUUAAAACCACCCAAACAUUUACAGGUUUUCCUUUUUCAAUGAGGAUAGUAUGCAAAUAAUGACAGAAGGUGGAGGGGGGUAAGUAAGUGAACCAUCACAUUUAUUAUUUGGUAGCAGUAACUUCAACCAGACGCUUCCUGGGGCUGCAGAUCAGUCUGGCACAUGGAUCAGGACUAAUCUUGGCCUAUUCUUCUACAGAAAACUGCUGUAGUUCAGUCCGAUUCCUGGGAUGUCUGGCACGAAUCGCUGUCUUCAAUUCAUGUCACAGCAUCUCAAUGGGGUUCAAGUCUGGACUAUUCUGAAGUUAAUUUACAGGGUGUUCCAAAAUGUUUGACCCCAUUUCGUAGGCCAGUCAUUUUGACAAUUUUUGUUGGAAUGACCUCCAAUUUUCACAGCUCGUGUAGAAACGUUUCAAGUUUUUGUGUGUGACGUUUGGCAUUUCUGUUUUUCAGGUUAAGAAAUGCUGUUCACUUCAAUCGAAAAGGCAUUUUGAAGGGCGGCGCUCGGGUUUAACAUUUCUGAAAAUCUGUCAGAGAACCAACAAAUAUUUGUAAUUUUCUUUGUAAAUUUAACCAAUAAAACCGCCAACAUAAAGUGUAUUUAGUUUCAUUAAGAUCCAUCGUGUAGUUUCUGAGAUAUGGGCAUUUAGAGUGGGGUCAAUCAUUUUGGAACACCCUGUAUGUCUGGGUUUUGGAUCAUCGUCAUGUUGCAGCAUCCAUCCUCUUUUUAGCUUCAACUGUCUGUCACGGCCAAAGGUUUUCCUGCAAAACAUUUCAAUUUAUUCUUCCAUGAAUGAUUGCCAGUUGUCCAGGUCCUGAGGCAGCUAAACAGCCCCAAAAUAUGAUGCUCCCUCCACCAUGCUUCACGGUGGGGAUGAGGUGUUGGUGUUUGUGAGCUGUUCCAUUUUUCCUCCACACAUGACGUUGUGUGUUGCUCCAAAACAAUUCAACUUUGGUUUCAUCAGUCCACAAAAUAUUUGGCUUCUGUGGCGUGUCCAAGUGCUUUUUUGUGAACAUUAAACGAGCAACACUGUUUUUUUUUUUUUUUAGACAGCAGUGGAGUCCUCCGUGGAGCCCUCCCAUGAACACCAUUCUUGGCAAUAGUUUUACAUAUAAUAUAUGUGUGCACAAAGAUAUUAUUGGGCCCUGCAAGUGAUUUCUGUAAGUCUUAAGCAGACACUCUAGGGUUCUUUUUUUUUUUUUUUUUUUUAACCUAUUCUGCGUUGAACUCUUGGCGUCAUCUUUAGUGGACACCCACUCCUAGGGAGAGAAGCAAGAGUGCCAAACUCUCUCCAUUUGUUAAACAAAAAAACAAAACAAAAAACUUCUGUCAAUUGAUGAUUAUCCAGUUAGAGAUGGUUAUUUAUCCUUUCACAGCUUUAUACUAAUCAACAAUCCUUGAUCGCAGCUCUUUUGACCGAGCCAUGAUGCACAUCAGACAAUGCUUCUCAUCAAGAAUUGUACCAGGUGUGUGUUUUAUAGUGGGCAGGGCAGCUUUAAACCACUCAUCAGUGAUUGGCCACACACCUGAUUUAAAAUGUUUGGUAAAAAAUGGUUUCAAUUGCUCUUUAAGUCUCCUGAGGCAGAUGGUUCACUUCCCCCCGUCAUUGUUUGAAUGCCAUCCUCAUUAAAAUGUGAAAACCUAUAAAUGUUUUAGUUAAAGCAGACACUGUUUUUACAUCUGUGUGAUUUUGACAAAGAUCAGAUCACAUUUGAUGGUGAUUUUAUGCAGAAAUGUGAGAAAUUCCAAAAGGUUCAGAUACUUUUUCAUAUCACUGUAUUACACGCAGGGCUCGUCCCCUGAUUUUAAUUUUUUAAAUUUCAUAUAUUUUAUGUAGAUGGUGGAUUUUUUAAAAAUAAAAAUUAAGAUUAGGGCAAAAAAAUGAAACAAUCAUGUCCCUCUGUAUAAUUUUGAUUCAAGAUGUGCUUGAGUUGAUCUUUCCCACUUUAUUUGGUUAAGUUUCUGGGUUUCUCAUGUACAUCCACCUCCCUCCGCCACUUUGUAUGACUGUAUGAGACCAUUCCCACAAUAUUUGUGGACUACCUGAUAAUUAACUUAUCAUUUUUGUGAACCUAAAUAAAUAUUGUUUGUCAACCUA